GGUUCACGUGGGGGGGGAACGGGAAGAAAACAGCAUAGGGGGAAAGUGGAAGCGAUUUUUGUGAUGUGUUGUUAAAUUUCCAUUGCCAAGAUGUCGGCCCACGAUCAGCUGGCCCACUAUUUGUGUGAGUUAACAAGUUUACUGUGGAAGUUGUUGCUGCCCCUGCUGUUCCUCUGUGUUCUGCUCGUUGCUGUCCUGGUCCUGCUGGUGCUGGCAGUGCGUUUCUGGCUGCAGAGCAACAGGACUGUGCGGCGAGCAAGGGACGGACGUCCCACCGUGGCCUUCUUUCACCCUUACUGUAAUGCUGGGGGAGGAGGAGAGAGGGUGCUUUGGUGUGCUAUCAGAGCGCUGCAGAACAGGUAUGCAGACAUCAAUUUUGUGGUGUACACAGGGGACCUGGGGGUGACAGGCCAGCAGAUUCUGGAGGGAGCGCGACGUCGCUUCAACAUCCUGCUCCCCCGCCCGGUUCACUUUGUGUUCCUGAGGCACCGGCUGCUCGUGGAGCCCGGACUGUUUCCUCACUUCACCCUGCUGGGACAGAGCGUGGGAUCUGUCUUCCUGGGGUGGGAGGCACUGACAGAGUUUGUUCCAGACAUUUACAUCGACUCCAUGGGUUAUGCCUUUACUCUGCCUCUGUUCCGCUACCUGGGAGGCUGCAGCGUGGCUAGCUAUGUUCACUACCCCACCAUCAGCACUGACAUGCUCUCUGUAGUCAGAGAGAGAAACCCCAGGUUCAACAACCCAGACUACAUCUCCAACAGCCUCUUCCUGAGUGCCUUUAAGGUGGUCUACUACUGUCUCUUCGCCCUGCUCUACGGCAUGGCCGGCUCCUGCAGUGACCUGAUCAUGGUCAACUCCUCCUGGACCCUCGAUCAUAUCCUAUCACUGUGGCGCUCCCCCAACCGCACCUGUGUGGUCUACCCGCCCUGUGACGUCAGCGCUUUCACAGACAUCCCGCUCGAAGAGGACGGGGACAGGAAGUGCCACUCGAUCAUUUCUAUUGGGCAGUUCAGGCCGGAGAAAGACCACCGGCUGCAGAUUCGAGCCUUUAAAAAGGUGCUUGAUAGGAGGAGGGAGGGGUUAGGGGGAAGAGAGGCGCUGAAGUUGGUUCUGAUUGGUGGAUGCAGGAACCAGGAAGAUGAAGACAGAGUGCUCAUGUUGAGGGGGCUGUGCCAGGAGCUGGGCGUGGCUGACAGGGUGGAGUUUAAGCUGAACGUACCCUUUGAGGAGCUGAAGAGAGAGAUGGAGGAAGCUACAAUUGGACUUCAUACCAUGUGGAAUGAACACUUUGGAAUAGGUGUCGUGGAGUGUAUGGCAGCAGGGAAGGUGAUUCUGGCUCACAAGUCUGGCGGCCCCAAGUUGGACAUUGUUGUACCUUUUGAGGGGGGUCAGACUGGCUUUCUUGCUGAUGACGAGGACGGCUAUGCAGAAGCCAUCCAAAGGAUUCUGGCUAUGCCGCCAAGCAGCCGCCUGCAGAUCAGGCGCAACGCGCGUCAGUCUGUGGCUCGCUUCUCAGAUCAGGAGUUUGAAGCCUGCUUUCUAGCCGCUGUUGAGCCACUCAUAGGAACGCUCGAGCGAUGAGAGGAGGAAUUAUUCUACAUGUGUGUUUGUGCACGUGUCGUGAUGUUUGAUACUUGGAGCACCUUUCCUCUCAUGCACUUAGAGCUGCAGAUCAGUCAUGUGCUCACGCAGAGAGCUGUGGAUAAAAGACUCCCAAACACAGGUAUUGAAAGGUUAGUUCCAGGAUUUCUCCUAAAAGUAGAAAUGAGAGAGAAUAAAGUUUGAAUCAGAACAACUGAAGGCUCUAAUUUGGGGUGAAAAACCCACAAAACAACAAAACUAAGUGAUGUUUUGAGCACACUGCUCCACUCAAGGAUCAAAGUCAUUCCCAUAAAACGUGAAUAUGACUCAGAUAAUAAAUCUUAAUGUAAGUAAUGAAAAUGUUCUUCAUAUAGUGGGCGUGAAUUCAUCCACAAUCCUGUGUUUAGAAGUUAAACAUUGUCUGUUGUUCCAGUUUUGUUAAAGUGGUGCGUGUUAAAGGGAUGUUUCACCCCAAAGUGGAUCUACUGUGAUGACAUUUAUCCAUCUGGAUUGUUUUGGUAGGUUUGCCAUAGACAGUAGAAAUAAAGUAAUAAAACUUUAUGGUCCUUUGAG